CUCUCGCUUUCUCUCAGACUCUCGGUCGCAUGCUCACAUCUGUUAUUGAAACAGUUAUUUUAUUUCCCCUUAGUUUUGAAUCUUUCUUCUUUUAUACUCUCAGCUUGAGUUCGUUGUGCCUGCUAGCUACGCUUCCACAGGAAGCUACAUUUCUCCAUUGUUUUGUGGCUUUUCCAACUUCGAUGGCUUCUGCAAUGCGAUUCAUCUAGAAUUCCUACGGGCGUUAGCCCCUUUUUAUACAAAAAGAGAAGCAGAUAUGGACAAUUCCCAAGGCCAGCCGCUCCCUCCAGGGGUUCAUUCUUGGCCUAACUAUUCAUCGAACGUGCCUCAAAAAGUUAUUUCGCAACCUGUUCCAGGAACUCAGUACCAUUCAAGCUAUUCUGGACCACAGUAUCAGUUUCCUCUCAAUGUUCCAGUUACAUCUGAUAAUAACUUCCAACAAGGAUCCCUCCCCCAAUAUGGUGUUGUCACCGGUCAAGCCCUUACCUCAGAGGUCCCUCCUUUGGCCAAACAAAAUAAGUUUUCAAACCCUGUUGCUGGAGGAUAUCAGAUUGUUGAGAUUGCUCCUUCAUUAGCAUCACAAGAAUCUGGGUUUGCACAGAAAGUUGGUGAUGUCAUGGUAGAUGUCUCUAAUGUGUCUGCCACAUGCUCCAAUGUACAAAUACAAUUAAGCAGUGCCAGUGACAUAGAUGCUACUGCUCAGGAUGCUAUCUUACGGGAACAAGAAAUUGCAACCCAAAAUAUCAUAAGGAGCCAAAGAGAGGGAAAAAAUGAGACUUCACCUGCCAAAGAUAAUUUGGACAUAUUCUCAGAACGCCGUGAUCCCAAUGCUUUGAAGGAACAUCUACUGAAGAUGGCCACAGAGCACAGGGCUGAAAUAGCUGUUAAGCGUGGAAAAGCUUCACGUCCAGAAGAAGGUAAUUCAGAAAUAGGUAAUGGAUAUGGUGUACCUGGUGGAGGUGCCUAUUAUGAUGCUGCCAAGCUUAAUGCAACUGCAGGUUAUUCUGAAUUAAAAGCUGAUGGAGGUUCUGAGCAGAAACAUGCAGCUAGAGAAUUGCCUGAAUACCUCAAGCAGAAGUUGAGAGCUAGGGGUAUUCUUAAAGAUGAUACACAUACUGAAGAUAAUAAAGUUACAUCAGCUAAACCCAUGGAGAAUGAAAAGUUGCCCCCUGGAUGGGUGGAGGCAAAAGAUCCAGGAAGUGGCGCAUGUUAUUAUUAUAAUGAAACCACUGGGAAGAGUCAAUGGGAAAAACCCCAUGAAGCAGCCUUAAGUUUGCAAUCAUCAUCAUCUUUAUGUCUUCCAGAGAAUUGGAUAGAGGCAUUGGAUGAAACAUCAGGCCAUAGGUAUUACUACAAUACAAAAACUCAUGUCUCACAAUGGGAGCGUCCUAAUUCAAAACUGGAAGCUAUGUCAUAUCACUCAGACUUGCAUGCUGAUGGCGGGGAUGGCCAAUCAUCUAAUUUUCCAAAAUGCAUGGCAUGCGGUGGUUGGGGAGUUGGCCUUGUGCAGUCAUGGGGUUACUGCAAACACUGCACUAGAGUUCUGAAUCUUCCACAAUGUCAAUAUCUGAAUAAUCAGCAAAGUAGUGCUGCGCACCCCAGUGAAACUUCUGAUCAUAAGGCUAGCAAACAGAGGUCCAGUUGGAAACCUCCUUUUGAUAAAGGAGGUAAAAAAGGGGGCAAGAAGCGUGCCUAUGCAGAGGAUGAUGAGUUAGAUCCCAUGGAUCCAAGCUCCUAUUCGGAUGCUCCUCGUGGUGGAUGGGUUGUUGGUUUGAAAGGUGUGCAGCCACGAGCAGCUGACACAACAGCAACUGGUCCUCUCUUUCAACAACGACCUUAUCCAUCUCCUGGAGCUGUUUUACGGAAGAAUGCUGAAAUUGCUUCCCAGAAAAAGAAACCAGCUUCUCAUUAUACUCCCAUAUCCAAGAGGGGUGAUGGGAGUGAUGGGCUUGGUGAUGCAGACUAAGACUAUUUUAUCGACAUUUGCUUUGUGCCAAGUGUAUCAGCAUCAGAUCUGUUUCUCUAACAACUGAAUUAUCGAAUGAUGCCUUUCAUACCAGCUGUGUUUCCGUGCUAUGCGCUUUUAUUGCAUAUAUCAAGGAAACUGGCAUCAAUGCUUUUGGCAAAUGACUGCAGAAGCUAUCUUGACAGUGCAAAAUUGGAGUCAAUAUACUUGAAGUAGUAUGACAAGUGAAGGUGAAACUUGCAGUUGAGCUUGACAGCACUUGCCGGCAGAAACUACAGAACCUUAAAUGAUUUUUGCAUCAAGGAAAGUUUCCGCAGAACCUGAGGAUUAGAAAAGAACGGAAGUUCUGUCCGUUCCUGCAUUUUGUACGCUUGUUUUUCCAUGCCCGCAUAGAGCUUUUACAGUUGGGCCACUGUGCAAUAACUGUAAUUAAUUUUAAUUGUGGAUUUGGAGGAUUUUAUUAUGUCAGAAGAGUUUGUUUCUUUUUGGCAUUUUUGAAAUAUAUGUAUACCCAUGUAUAUGGAUUUUUGUUGUAA